AUUCUCCAAUCUAAUAUCUUCCCCUUAUCUUCCCCCGAAACAAAAGGUCGCCGCCGACAUCAGUCUCUGGUUACUCGCCUUAUUUUCCCGGCCAGUAAACAAAAAUUCGACCUUACUUUAUAAAAUUCCGGUUCUUGAUCUUAAUGCAUAAUUUUUUUUUCUUUUACUUCAAAAUCAUUUUUUAAGGUAAUUUUUGGAUUUGAAUCUGUUCCCAAUCUAGCUUGGUGAUGGUGGUUCAUGAAGCUGGAAGACGAUAAUCUGCGCUGAAAUCACGUGAAAGUAGCCACCUAUUUGGUUUAUUGAUGGAUCUGCUUUUUGUGGGGCUGUAUUCCCGGUGAUUAGUGGUGGUUUUAGGUUGAACUGUCUGUAAUUAUGGAGGUUUUGGUGGAGGGGAAGCUAUGUGCUAUCUGUUUUGCGGGUUGAAGAAGGUUUUUCAGGGCUAUCCUUGUUAUCAGUCUCUUUGAAUCUCAUUGACAGGGAGUGUCUAGAUGAAUGUUGAUGGCGAUGGGGAUAAAGGAUUGCCAGACGUAAGGAACAAGGAAGCUAAGGAUGGAGUUGCGGAUGGGGAGCAGGUGACACUUGAAGAGGAUGAUCUAAGAGUUAAUGGGAUUUCUGAAGAUGUAAAAGGUGGUCAUGGGAGGGCUGUUCAGGCCCGAGCUGGGCUGCAAGUACUGCAGCAACAAUCUCAGAAUUCUAUGGUUUGUUGGGAGAGGUUUCUCCAUGUGAGGUCACUCAAGGUUCUGCUUGUGGAAAACGAUGAUUCUACUCGGCAUAUUGUCACUGCACUGCUGCGUAAUUGCAGUUAUGAAGUUAUUGAAGCUGCAAAUGGAUUCCAAGCCUGGAAGAUACUAGAGGAUUUGAAUAAUCAUAUUGAUCUUGUCUUGACUGAGGUAGUCAUGCCUUGCUUAAAUGGCAUUGGUCUUUUAUGCAAGAUAAUGAGCCAUAAAACUCGGAAAAAUGUUCCUGUGAUCAUGAUGUCAUCGCAUGACUCGAUGGGCUUAGUGUUUAAGUGCUUGUCAAAAGGUGCUGUUGAUUUUUUAGUGAAGCCUAUUCGAAAGAAUGAGCUUAAGAACCUUUGGCAACAUGUUUGGAGACGAUGCCAUAGUUCUAGUGGUAGUGGAAGUGAAAGUGGCACGCAAACUCAAAAAUCUGUGAAAUCAAAGAGCAUUGAGAAGUCUGACAACAACACUGGCAGUAAUGAUGAGGAUGAUAAUGGAAGCAUUGGUCUAAAUGUUGGGGAUGAGAGCGAUAAUGGUAGCGGCACCCAGAGUUCUUGGACAAAGCAAGCUGUAGAAGUUGACAGCCCCAGGCCAGUGUCACCCUGGGGUCGAGUUGCUGAGUGCCAUGAUAGCACAUGUGCCCAAGUUAUCCACUCAAAUGCUGAAGCUUCUGGGAACAAAUGGGUGCCUAUAACUGCAGUGAGGGAGCGCCAAGAGCAGGAUGAACAGCGCGACAAUAUCCCAAAUGGUAAAGAUCUGAGGAGUGAUGUUCCUAGAAAAGGAGAUUUACAUGUUGAAUGCCCAGCAGAGGCCCCAGUUAAGAAAGCUGGUGCAAAGCAAUAUAAUCUGCUUAAUAUGGGCUCCAGCAAGCUCAGUGAGCAGGUUGAUAAAAGACACCUGGACCUGAAUAUGGAAAGUCCCUCUGGAGAACUAGAGUCUGAGGGUGCUAAUCUAACCAACAUCACCAUGAAGACUGAUCAUCUUCAGAAGGAAAGUGCAGAUUAUGAGGCUCCGAGCAGACUUCCCAAGAUCUUGGAUGGCAAUGAUAUAGCCAUUAAUGAUGCUAAAGAACCUCCAUCACUUGAACUUGGAUUAAAAAGACUCAGAGGAGUUAAAGACACUGGGCCAGCAAUUAGAGAGGAGCGCAAUGUUUUGAGACGUUCCGACUUGUCAGCCUUCUCAAGGUAUAAUACAAGCUCAACUGUGAACAAGGUUCCUAGUGCAAAUGUCGGAAGUGCUUCUGCACUUGAUAACAGCUUAGAAAUGACAAGAAAAGGAUCGGUGUGUGAUGUUCAAUCUCAAUCAAUUAAUGAUCCUCCUAAUCAAUGCUCAAAUGUUGGCAGCAACAACAUUGACGUGGGCUCCACAACUAACAAUGCUUUCAUCAAGCCAGCAGUUUUAAAGAAUAAAUCAGCUGCAUCAUCCACUGUCAAACCUUCCCAACCAUCAUCUACUUAUCAGCCAAUGAAAAAUGACCUUUUACGUGCUGGGAAGAAAGGUGUAUUAGACAAGGCUGAUGAUGUGGCAGCUACUACAAUGCUUGAUCAACCUAGAGGUGUACAUGAGGAAGUUCAAGUUCCAUUCCUCCAGAACCACUAUGAUAACCAUUUCCAUAUUUCCUGCAACAUGCAACAGCAACAGCAGCAACCUGAACACCAUGAUCUGUCAUCGAAGAAAAUGGUAGCAGCUGCUCCACAUUGUGGAUCAUUCAAUGUGUUGGGAGGGCCUCUUGAAGGUAAUAUUGGCAACUACAGUGUGAAUGGAAGUGCCUCAGGUAGUAACCAUGGAAGCAACAGGCCAAAUGGGAGUAGCCCCCUAGUGAAUACUGGUGGGGCAAAUGUAGAAAGUGACAAUGGGAUUGCUGGAAAAAGUGGCAGUGGUGAUGCCAGUGGAAGUGGGACUGGAAACAGAGCUGACCUGAACAAAUCUGCUCAUAGAGAAGCUGCAUUAACCAAAUUCCGUCAAAAGAGAAAAGAGAGAUGCUUCCGGAAAAAGGUUCGGUACCAAAGCAGGAAGAGACUAGCAGAACAACGGCCCCGUGUCCGUGGGCAAUUUGUGCGUCAGACAGGGAAUGAGAACACAAGCAGUGCUACUGAUAAAAGUAGUUAAACCCUCUAUCCAUCACUGUAAGUCUGCAAGAAGAUUUGGUCCGAUUGAUAUGAUAACAGAUGUCAGUGUAAGAUUACUUGGCAAUCUUAAGACUUGCUCCUCAAACUGUGUUUUAUUGCUAUAGACCAUUUCUAUUUUCAGUCUCUGUUUGUUUUGGACUUAAAUUGUUUCUUCUAGGAAAAGGUGGUCUAUGUCUCUUGGAAGGAUUUACUCUUCUGCAUUACGAGUUUAUGACCCCUUCCACAUUGUGUGCUGAUUUCUACAAACGAUUGUGUUUGAACAGUCUUUGAAACUUUCAUUUUCUUAGCUUCUUAAUUGAAGAUUUUUAUUUUUAAACUGUUAAAAUUUUCAUCCCUAUUACAUGGAUAUUUCAAUGUCUGGGACUACGGUAUGUGUAGCUUUUGCAGAUUGGCAUGGGAUGUUUUUUAUUUGUUUGGAUAUUAGAUGCUUUUCAUUCCACGUCAAAAGUUUUUAAUGUCAAGUAAGGGUGAUUUUCUCCCUCUUUAAAUCUAUAGAAAUAUUUUUUUUAUUAUUAAUUAUAAGCCUACAAUGUCACAUGAAAACUUUUAACUAUAUAUAUCCAUUAUACCGAAAGAGUUUCUCAAUCAGCCAAGUGGGGAGCGAAGUCUCUUCGUCAACAAGCUGCAACUCAUUGAAGAUAUGCUCACCCAAUGUUGUGGAAAGAGAAUUAUCAUUGAAGCCACAACACAGUGCUUGCUCUGCCAGUGUUGCAGAAAGAGAAGGGUCAAGUGGUUUUUGUGGAUGGAUGGGGCUUUGGAGUUAUGAAGGCUUGAAAGUUGAAGCUUUUAGGUGGUAGGCAUUUAAGGAGGUACUUAAGGACGUUGUCUUACCGAAGUGGAAUUCUGCUGUAUUCAAUGGUAUCUCGACUUCUCGAGCCAAUAAAAAUACACUAUUUCA